CCCGACCCAUCAAACAAAAUCCCGGGUUGAUGUCAAGUGCAUCACUUCGUGACUGAUUCUGGACUUCACCACUGAGCAACGAGUUUGACCAUCACGCAGAAUUCACUACCCACUCCCUGUCAAGGUCUGCGAAAGAAUCCACUUUUGUAUGUUGAGCAACCGCGCCAUCAUCGAGCUCAACGACCUACUCUCAAUCCAGAGAAAGUGUUCCGUAUCCUCUACUCCUCCGACGCGCGAGCGCUCCUUUCUUCCUCCUCUCCUACUCUCCGCGAGGAGUUUUAGCUGUGAUACGCCGAUUUCCUGGACCAACGUUGAAUCCAAUAGUCUGCUCUCACUCAAGGGAUUACAUCACCUUUCCAACCGCAAUUCACCGCACAAAGUACUCUUCCGAUUGAACCAAAGCUUUUCUGCACGGUCAUUCAAUUGCUUCCGAGCAUGACCCGCCCAACACACUCGACUCCACACUCCUUAUACACCACUUCUCGCGGAGCUCCGCAGUCCGACAAAGAGUCUGGAGACGCCAUGCAGGGCAAUUCUACCCAUGCCGAGCCCGGGGCCGAUUUGAAAAGCGACCCGAACGACAGCUGGUGGAAUAGCUCAACUCCCGACACUCGAGCUGCUGAUCUUGCUGUUGAGAACGUCGCCUCUCCAGCAACCAGAGAUGGAUCAAGCCACGUAAAUGAAACCACUCAAAAUACAGACAUCUCUAGAUCGGUAUUUGGUGUGAUUGCUAGCUCAGACGAGAGUACCAAAAAUACCAUCGAACAACGAGUUUUUCCGGGAAAUCAUCGAGAGGGGCGCGAACAGGAGAGCGGAUCUUCCUAUUCUCCAUCUCAAGGGCAGAGCGACUCAUCUGAGAACGCACCAAAGACCAAGCUUCUCAACAAUGGACCUGAAUCCAAGCAAGAGGAAGAUGACAACAACUUUGCACGCCCUUCAACCACUCCCUACAAAGACGUCAAGGACGCGAUAGAUUACGAGGAUGCGAGCACCCCUCCCCUUGAGGAAAAGUCUGCUUUUUUGGACAAAAGAUUCCAGGCUCUACGGCAAAGACAGAAUGAGACACAGCACAGCGAAAAGGUGGCUCCAGCUUCUGACGAACUCGGUGCCAGACAAACGUCGAGCUCAAAGCUUACACAAAGAUCUGAGCCGAGAAACGCACAUUCAACUUCUGUAUCCCCACUUGUCCAGGAUCGUCCUACGCGCUUUUCGAAGGAAGUAACACAGCUUCUAGUUGCCUCACAGUACAGCCGGAGUCCUGAAACUGCGAGCACCCCAGUCCCAACGUCGAUGAUGUCUCUGACCGACACUUGGCCACGUCACGCCCAAGCGUCUCCCACAGACGAAGGAUAUCAUGAGAUAUCCAGACGCCACGCUGCCAGCUCUGAAGCUCAAUUUGUAUGCGAUAAAUGCGGAGAAAUACAGCCCGCUGGACAGGGUCGACUUGCGAGCGUCGACCAUCCUACCUGCCUGACAUGCCAUUCUGCAACAGUCCAGAAGCAGAAUCUCACGAAAUCGAGAAAGGCGUCGUCCACAUCAACCAAGCGCAAAGAGCCGCAAUUUAUCAAACACAAGAGUAUCCUGAAAAGCAUGCGCAAUUCGCCCAGUAUCCCAACGCCUGUGUCGAAGAAUGGGACAACUCAGCCUGUUGUGAGGUUCGCAGGAGAGGAGAUGCAAGAGAUAAUUAACCCACGUGCCAUCAAGUCCAUCGAAGUUGUUGAAGCUCUACCAGUCGCAUCCGAAGACCUGCCUGGAGAUGGAUCAAGUGACUUCAUCAAACUUGGGGUCAAGACGAUGCCUGGUCAGUCUCCAAUAUGGAUUGGAGUAUCUCGUGAUGCGCCAUUAGGCGAGCUGUUCGUCGCUGCUCUCCAAAGCGAUGACGCCUUGAGAGGUUAUGUCUUUAUGCUUCCAGGUCAAUUUGUGCGCUGGGAUGAUACAGCUGAAGAGCUUGACUUGAAAGACGGUACAAGCUUUGAGAUGCAUGAGCUUCCGGAAACUUGGCUGCCAGGUGCUGGAUCCGUAGCUGACGCUACUACUGUGUCUAUCAUACUCGAAGCUAAUCACUCGCCGGCAAAAAGAGAAAUGCUCGAUAACAACAAGCGACUUGUUCCCAACCACACACCAACUGUCAGACCAGCGACAAGUACAAGAAAAGUAUCUCACACUAGCCAAGAUUCUCCCACCGUGGUCGUCCCCAAAGCCACACGAGCAACCCUCACCGCAAAGGUCGCCGUUGAGGAAAGAAAACCUCGCAACAAAACUCCGACCAAGCCCCAGAAAGCAGCAUCUGAAGAUAUCGUUACGCACAACAAUGCAAAAGAGCCAGAAGCAAGUGUCGAACAUACUCCUGCACCUCAGCGGUCCAGUGCAUCCAUCGAGCAAAGAUCAGAAGACACAAUAGCAGCAUCAGCAUCAGCAUCAGCAUCAAUCAAGCAGCUUUCCACCCUCGGACAAUCUGUCAUGGAGAGUAUGAAGCGUGGGAUCAAGAGAGUGCUUACCGAGGAACAUGCUCAAGAAGCAGGAGAGAAGAAGCGACGGAGACGAGGAUAGAUAGACACUCAUAGUAUCAAAGCUCGGCCAUGAAAGUGACAAAAUUCCUGGUUGAGAGUAGAGAUCUUUUUUCUUAUUGAUGCGAGGAACAGUGGGGGACAUGAGAGACUUUCUAGGAAGAGGAAAUGGUAAAUAGUGGGAGGAGUUUUCAGAUGCGAAAGAUUUGAAUAUGAAUAGAUUUGAUGACUUUUUCAUCGGUCUGCUCUGCUUAGUUUC